CACAAUCACACACACACACUUCCCCCUUAUUCUCUUCUUCUUCACCAUUUUCAUCUUGUGAGCUUGCAAACUUAUCAAUGGCUUGUCUAAAUAGUAUUUGCAAAGAGGUGAGUGAUGAAAAAGGGAACACAAAGAAGGAAGAGGUUUACACCUUAGACGGAGCUGUGGACCGACAUGGUAAACCUGCUAUUGGAAGCAAAACUGGAAGUUGGGUUGCCGGAAUCCUACUACUUGUUAAUCAAGGGCUGGCAACACUGGCAUUCUUUGGAGUCGGGGUCAACCUGGUGUUAUUCUUAACCAGGGUGCUAGGCCAAGACAACGCAGAUGCUGCAAACAACGUCAGCAAAUGGACCGGAACCGUCUACAUUUUCUCUUUGCUCGGAGCCUUCCUCAGUGACUCUUACUGGGGAAGGUACAAAACUUGUGCCAUUUUCCAAGCCAUCUUCGUUGUUGGUUUGGUGUUGUUAUCGGUUUCAUCCUCUGCAUUCCUACUGAAGCCCAGUGGGUGCGGUGAUGAAGAAACUCCAUGUGGAUCUCACUCCACUUUCCACAUAAUUUUCUUCUACCUUGCUAUAUACCUCGUGGCUCUCGGGAAUGGUGGUUACCAGCCUACCAUCGCCACCUUUGGAGCCGAUCAGUUCGACGAGGAAGACCCUAAAGAAGGUCACUCGAAGAUCGCCUUCUUUAGUUUCUUCUAUUUGGCUUUGAACCUCGGCUCACUCUUUUCCAACACCGUACUGGGCUAUUUCGAGGAUCAAGGCAUGUGGACACUCGGAUUCUGGGCGUCUGCCGGUUCUGCGUUUUUGGCAUUGGUCUUGUUUCUGAUCGGGACACCCAGGUAUAGGCAUUUCAAGCCCAAGGGAAACCCUCUCUCAAGGUUUUGCCAAGUUGUGGUUGCUGCGACGAGGAAAUGGAAGGCUCAGAUUACUCUCGGGGAAGAUCAUUUGUUUGAAAUGGACAAGAAUGAAUCCGCCAUUAAUGGUGACAGAAGGAUACUCCACACAGAAGGUUUCAGGUUUUUGGAUAGAGCAGCAAUCAUGACACCCAAGGAUUAUGCAAACAAAGAGAAAAACGUCGAGGGUCGCAAUCCAUGGCGUCUCUGCACAAUAACACAAGUUGAGGAAGUAAAGUGCAUACUUAGACUACUCCCGAUUUGGCUGUGCACCAUCCUUUACUCUGUGGUCUUCACUCAAAUGGCGUCGCUCUUUGUCGAACAAGGAGACGCCAUGAAUACCAAGAUUUCAAACUUCGACAUCCCGGCAGCCAGCAUUUCGAGCUUCGACAUACUCAGCGUGGCGACAUUCAUAUUCAUUUACAGGCGAAUUCUAGACCCCAUUGUCGCGAAAAUAAAGACGGACCCGAAGGGACUCACCGAGCUUCAAAGAAUGGGGAUCGGGCUCGUUAUAGCUGUACUAGCAAUGGUAGCAGCUGGAGUCGUGGAGGUUUUCCGAUUAAAAUACGUAAACAAAGAUUGCCCGAACUGCGACCACGCGAGCUCUUUGAGCAUAUUCUGGCAAAUCCCUCAGUACAUGCUUAUAGGAGCCUCGGAGGUGUUCAUGUACGUCGGCCAAUUAGAGUUCUUCAACGCGCAGGCACCGGAUGGUUUGAAGAGCUUCGGCAGUGCACUGUGUAUGACAUCGAUAUCACUGGGAAAUUACGUGAGUAGUUUGCUUGUGACGAUGGUGAUGAAAAUAUCCACAAGAGACAACAUGCCUGGAUGGAUCCCAGGAAACCUCAACAAAGGUCAUCUGGACCUCUUCUUUUUCCUGUUAGCCGCUUUGACGACCGCCGACCUCGUGAUCUACAUCAUGUGUGCCAAGUGGUAUAGGUACAUGAAGUUCGAUGGACGGAGUAGUGGGGAAGAUGAUAGUAACAACAAGAACUUGCAGGCAUCCGAAGCAGAGCUUAGAGUAUAAGAUUUUAUACAGUGAGUAAAUAAAUAAGCUCAAGUGGGUUCUGCGAUGAAACUAGGAGGAGAUAUAGAUGCCAUCUGAUUGGGAUGGCAUUUCUCUUUUGUCCAUGUCGAGCUAAGCAUUUGAGUGUUAAUCUUACAAAUUAAGUAAACUUCAUUGCUUUGAUCAAUUUCAUUAUCUUCGGCACCCACCUGCCCGUACAUUUUAUU